AUGGACAUCGCCAACAACUGGGGAAAGACUUUGCCCGAGCGGGCUCUGAUUAAUCUCCCUGAGCACAUCAAGGAUCGAUACCCAAAGAUCAAGUGGUUCGGAAUCGAAAUUGAAAAUAGGGCUGCUCGCAAAACGGUCGAUGACAUUCUCAAACUGCUUCCCGAGAAUGAGAUUCAGUGUGUAUGCAUGAAGGGCAACCGUUCUCCGGUUAUUUGGUAG